AUGGAAUGCCAAGAGCUGCUCUCAUGGGGUCUCGAAAACGGCGCCUUCGUGCAUGAGGGCAUCGAUCUCUUUGCCCAGAGCCCGCGAGGUCGCGGCAUCGUCGCCACGGCCGACCUGAAGUCUGGAGAGGUCCUGCUGCGCAUCCCCGGGGGCCUCUCCAUCCAGAGCUCGCCGGAACAAAUGCCGGACUCUGCGGUUGCCGACUUCUUCCGCAGGUCUGAUGCCAUGUCCAACGCCCUGCGCCUGAGCCUGACGCUACUGCACGAGCUUCACGUGCAGGGCACUGCCUCUCGCUGGUGGCCGUACCUGAGCUUCUUGUCCACGGUGGAGGUGGACUUGCCGAUGACCUGGCCGCAGAGCGAAUGGGAAGGCCUACGUGGUACUUCCUUGCUCCUGGCGGGCGACUUUGAGCCUCCCGCUCAAGUCUUUCGGGAAGUCGCGGAGCCAUUGAUGGCACAACGUGAGGAUCUUUGGCCCGAAGAGGUUCGGAAGCCGGAGCUGUUCCUCCGUGCGCUCUCCUUGGUUAUGUCUCGGGGGCUUUGUGGGGCUUUGUCCUUCGCGCUGCAGGGCGCCCUUGCGCCAGAGCUGCGAAAUCCGGGCAAAGCUGCGGGGCCCUUCCUGCUGCCGCUUUUCGAUCUGGUCAACCACUCUUCCUGCUCAGAGGAGCUCUCGGUGCAGCUGGAUAUGGAGGAGGGGAGCUUCGUGGCGCGCUGUUCCAAGGAUGUGGCGGCAGGUCAGGAGCUGCUGAAAUCCUAUGGGCCCCACUCGGCGGCCGAGCUGCUGCGAACCUAUGGCUUUGUGGAACGGGGUAGCAACGCCCACAAUUCGCUGCUUGUGACGCACGAGGAGCUUCUAGACACGUGCAAGGAGUUUGUGGCACCGCACUUGGAGCGCUUGCAAGACAUGGCUGCCGUACGUCCCAUGUACAGCAUCCCCUCCAGUGGCACCUUGCCGGCAGAGCUGCUGACUGUGGUCCAGGUCUUGCAUAUGAGCUCGGCGGACUUUUCGGAGUUCCAGACGUCGCAGACGCUGAGCUUUCCCCGCGGCACUACGCAGGGCCGCAAGGCGGUGGUCUGCGUGGGGCCCAAGAAGUUUGCCGAUUCUGAGCGCCCACAGGCGCCCGCGGCGCGCGCGGCGUGCGCCGCCCUGCGGGCGGCAGAGCUGCAAGUGCUGCAGGAGGCACGGAGAAGGGAUGUGGACCUCAAGAAAUGCCCUGUUUGA